AUAUGUUUAUAUUGUUUGUAAACGAAAAAAGGAAAAUUUUAUUUUUUUAAAGGAAAAUUAAGAAAAAUCAUUUUAUUUCAAAAUGAGUUCUCCUUCGAUAAAGACAAACAAUGAUACAAUCAAUAACAAGCAACGUAAAUCUACAAAAAGUAAUUCAACGACAAAAUCAACAAAUUUAGACACUAGAGCAGAACUGGCAGAUUUGAUUAAGAAAAAGGCGGAAACUUCUGAACAGUUAGCAAAUUUAGAAAGACAGAUAUAUGCUUUUGAGGGUUCCUACCUUGAGGACACUCAAUUGUGUGGUAAUAUUAUACGUGGUUGGGAAAGAUAUUUGACCUCUAAUAAGGCAACUAAUUCUAAAGCUGAUAAGCGGAAUCGCAAAUUUAAAGAAGCUGAACGAUUGUUUUCCAAAUCUUCAAUUACAUCUAUGGCCAUAUGUAAUCCUGAAAGAGCAAGUGAAUCUGAUUCUGUAACUAAUGAAGACUCUAGUGAUAAUCAGAUUGCUCUAAACCAAAACACAACUACUGCUCAUGAUGGCACAACCUCUAUUAAAAGUUCAGGCAAAGAAGAAAAACCUGACCGCGCUACUACACCGCAAAGAGAACCAAAUAAAGAGCCUAGUACACCCAGUGGCAACACAUCAACCAAAAGUAAACUUUCUUCAUCAAGUGUAACCGCCAAAAAAGGUGGUCACAUUAAUAAAAAGAUACGACAUCGAUGAUUCAGGGGUCGGCCGCGGCAUCGUUCGACGUACUAAUAAGAUCCGCGACCUAUCAGGCUGACCAACGUUUUUGGCUUAGAUAACUGGUUUAUGUUUAAAAAAGUAUAAAAUAAAAACAAUUUCUCAUUUCACCUCAUAUUCACAUUUAAACGCAUGGUUACAUAUUAAUUGUGUAAAAUUUUAUUCUUUGUAAACUUACAAUAAUACAUAGUUCGAAAUAAAAUUAUAAAGGCAACAAAA